AUGAGCGAUCAAAAACCUAUAGCCUAUCUUCUAUCAGGAGUGCGCACACCAAUCGGUUCAUUCCGCGGUGCUCUCUCUACUCUAUCGUCCGUCGAAUUAGGCACGAUCGUGGCAAAAGAAGCGCUAAAGCGGGCAGAUGCAUCACCCAAUCAAAUCGAGGAGACGUUUGUUGGCUCGGUGUUGACGGCUAACGGAGGUCAAAAUGUGGCACGACAAAUAGCGAUAGCUGCUGGUCUCCCGAAAGACUCACAAGCCGUCACUGUCAACAAGGUUUGCUCAUCGUCAUUGAAAGCUCUCCAGCUGGCAUGUUUAUCGAUUCAGGCAGGUUAUCGAGAGCGAUGUCUCGUCGUCGGAGCUGAAUCAAUGAGCCAAGUGCCGUUCUACAUGCCUCGUGGUGAAAUACCUUAUGGUGGACUUAAACUUAUUGACGGAAUCGCGAAGGAUGGUUUGGAAGAUGCGAUAGUUCAAUGGCCAAUGGGGCUAUGUGCUGAAAAAUCGGUUACGGAUUAUGGAAUCACGCGAGAGCAAAGCGACACCUAUGCGAUUGAAAGCUACAAGAAAGCGGCCAAUGCUUGGGAGACUGGUCUUUUUGUAAACGAAGUCUUAACCGUGCAAAUUCCGCAAAAACGAGGCGAACCGAAAAUUUGUGCCGAAGAUGAGGAAUUCAAGAAACUCAUGGAGACAAAGGUACCAACUUUAUCAGCAUCUUUCAAAAAAGAUGGUGGAACGAUCACCGCUGCCAACGCUUCUUCUCUUAACGAUGGAGCUGUAGCUGGUGUUGUGACGGCAAAAUUGCCUCAAGGGAGUGUGGCUUUGGCUGAAAUCCUUGGUAUCACCGAGGCUGGUCUUGAUCCUGUCGAUUUCACAGUGGCGCCCGUCUUUGCUGCUAGAAAACUUCUUGCGCAGUUCAAAAUUGAGCCCUCGGCUAUUGCGCUGUGGGAAGUGAAUGAGGCGUUUUCGGCAACAGCUUUGGCUUUUAUAAAGGAAUUGAAUAUUGAUCCACUUCUCGUCAACGUGAAAGGAGGCGCUGUUGCUCUUGGGCAUCCAUUGGGAAUGUCUGGUCUUCGAAUUGUCGUCUCAUUGGCCCACUCGCUAAAAUCGGGACAACUCGGCGUGGCCGCUAUUUGCAACGGAGGCGGCGAAGCGAUGGCUGUUUUACUACGAAAACCC